AAAAUUUUCCCUGGGAAGUAAACAAGGCCCUAGAAAGAUUGCAACAACGACAAGAAUGACCGUAGCGUUGUUCGAUCAUGAGUCCGUCGUUCUUGAAUUCAGAAACCAGGAUGUGUUUAAACACUAAAAACACCCCGGUUAGUUGCUGGCACGUGGCACGGUUCCCUACGCACGUGCGAGGCCCCACGGACCAUCAUUCUGAGGGUUGCGCCGCUGCCCCUCUCUCUGGGUUGACUGCUGUCACCGACUGGUUUUCUGUAGCUCCGGACAAAGCGCAUUUCCGAAAACUCGCUACUAGACGCACAAAGCGCACUUGGAAGCCUACACGGACGAAAUUUGACGCAUUUCCAAAAAUUGCCAGGGCACCAAUUUCCCUUGCUCUUCCUCCACCCUUCGCCCGUAGCCUAGACGCAUAAAAAAAAUUGCGGAAAAGAAUCGCACUAUCUCAUCUCAUGACAUAUGAAGGAGAAGACUAGAGAAGGGGCGGGGAGCAAUUCCACUACUCAGGCCAUCCACAGGACAUUCCUCCUCCCUCGCCCGUCCCAUCCAGUAGUUCCAGCAGUAGGCGGCUCCUCCUCCUCGUCCUCCUCAUCCUCGUCGCCAGUCGUCGUCCUGAGCUCAUCGUCUUCCUCGCCCCUCGUUGGCAAGCGCAACACGGGAGAAUCGCUGGCGAGGAGCGGAAUUGGGAUCCUUGCAUGCAUGGAUGCGGCGCAGUGGCAUCAGGGGUUAGGGCUAGGGAAGCCCAUGGAGGAGAUGCUCAUGGCUGGAAACGCAAAUCCAAACCAGAAUCCAAACCCGCCACCGCCUGCACCGUCAGCUCCCGGCGCCCAGAGGGCUGGCGCUCCGGCUGCGGGCGCGGCAGCAGCGCCUAGCGCUGGCGCGACCGGAGGGCCAGCGGGGGCGGGCACGGAGCGGCGGGCGCGGCCGCAGAAGGAGAAGGCGCUCAACUGCCCGCGGUGCAACUCCACCAACACCAAGUUCUGCUACUACAACAACUAUAGCCUGCAGCAGCCGCGCUACUUCUGCAAGACGUGCCGCCGCUACUGGACCGAGGGCGGCUCGCUCCGCAACGUCCCAGUGGGCGGCGGCUCCAGGAAGAACAAGCGCUCGUCCUCGGCCGUGUCGUCGGCGGCCGCCGCCUCCACCUCCGCGGCGAUGUCCGGCACGGUCUCCGUGGGGCUCCCGGCCAAGAACCCCAAGCUGAUGCACGAGGGCGCACACGACCUCAACCUGGCUUUCCCUCACCACAACGGCCGCGCUCUGCAGCCACCGGAGUUCCCGGCGUUCCCGAGCCUGGAGAGCAGCAGCGUGUGCAACCCCGGAGCGGCGGGCAUGGUGGGCAACGGCGCCGCUGGCAGGGGCAUGGGCGCGCUCUCGGCGAUGGAGCUGCUGAGGAGCACCGGCUGCUACGUCCCCCUGCAACACGUUCAGCUCGGGAUGCCCGCCGAGUACGCGGCCGCGGGGUUCGCGCUGGGCGAGUUCCGCAUGCCCCCGCCGCCGCAGUCUCAUAGCGUGCUCGGGUUCUCGCUGGACACGCACGGCACGGGCGGAGUUGGCGGCGCCGGGGGUUACAGCGCCGGGUUGCAGGACAGCGCGGCUGGCAGGUUGCUCUUCCCCUUCGAGGACUUGAAGCCGGCGGUGAGCGCCGCAGCUGGUGGUGGCGGUGCAAGCAACGGAGCCGAUCAUCAUCAGUACGAGCACAGCAAAGAUCAAGCUGCAGGCGACGGCGGCAGCGGGCCCAGUGGCGUCACCGGUGGCCACGAGACUCCAGGGUUCUGGAGCAAUAGCCUGAUCGGGAAUGGCAGCAGCAAUGGCGGCGGAGGCCCUUGGUAAGGCGGCGCGCCAUUGCAUGGCUCAUGCACGCGCCGUUGUCAGCAUGUGGAGAUAGGGGAUAGAGACAAGGAUCCGAGUUAAUAAGAGGGUCGAGGAGGUGAUUAGUGUUCACAUAUGGCGUUUGAUCUCUCUCUGGUUGUUUGGCUUUUUUUUUUCUUUUUUUUUUCGGUUCUUGGUGUUCGUGUGUGUCAAUCGACUUGGGGGCUAACACAGCAGGAUAUACAGAUUGUUAAGGUGGUGAACCGAUGAUUUACAGCUUCUCUUAGCCAAUCCAUCUCUUGUUUCUGAUUGUGUAAUCCAAUAUUAAGGAGCAAGCUGUCAAUCAUGUGUCAUUGUUGUGCAUUGCAUGCAUGUAGAGUACUAUGUAUCAAUUGAGCAGUUCUGUUAUAUACAGUGUUUUAAGUUAAAUCA